AUGACAAGCGCGAGAUCAUCGGCUACUGCUGGAACUGUUAGCCAGUUUACGCUGACCGCUGCCAACCUCGAGAUUCAGUCCCUCUACGAGAAGGAGAAGCUUUGGGCGAAGGCUCGGGCGAAGGCUCGGGCGAAGGCUCGGGCGAAGGCUCGGGCGAAGGCUCGGGCGAAGGCUCGGGCGAAGGCUCGGGCGAAGGCUCGGGCGAAGGCUCGGGCGAAGGCUCGGGCGAAGGCUCGGGCGAAGGCUCGGGCGAAGGCUCGGGCGAAGGCUCGGGCGAAGGCUCGGGCGAAGGCUCGGGCGAAGGCUCGGGCGAAGGCUCGGGCGAAGGCUCGGGCGAAGGCUCGGGCGAAGGCUCGGGCGAAGGCUCGGGCGAAGGCUCGGGCGAAGGCUCGGGCGAAGGCUCGGGCGAAGGCUCGGGCGAAGGCUCGGGCGAAGGCUCGGGCGAAGGCUCGGGCGAAGGCUCGGGCGAAGGCUCGGGCGAAGGCUCGGGCGAAGGCUCGGGCGAAGGCUCGGGCGAAGGCUCGGGCGAAGGCUCGGGCGAAGGCUCGGGCGAAGGCUCGGGCGAAGGCUCGGGCGAAGGCUCGGGCGAAUGCUCGGGCGAAGGCUCGGGCGAAUGCUCGGGCGAAGGCUCGGGCGAAGGCUCGGGCGAAGGCUCGGGCGAAGGCUCGGGCGAAGGCUCGGGCGAAGGCUCGGGCGAAGGCUCGGGCGAAGGCUCGGGCGAAGGCUCGGGCGAAGGCUCGGGCGAAGGCUCGGGCGAAGGCUCGGGCGAAGGCUCGGGCGAAGACUCGGGCGAAGGCUCGGGCGAAGGCUCGGGCGAAGGCUCGGGCGAAGGCUCGGGCGAAGGCUCGGGUGAAGGCUCGGGCGAAGGCUCGGGCGAAGGCUCGGGCGAAGGCUCGGGCGAAGGCUCGGGCGAAGGCUCGGGUGGACGUGAAAACGGAAGAGCCCCGCCUAACGGACGAAUGCCAGGAAGUUCAGUUUCGUUGCCGGUGA